AUGAACCACGAACACCACGGCGGCGGCGGAGGCGGCGGCGGCGCUGGAGGACUUCAGGCCACAAAUAAACACCUUGCCGAAUCGUACUGGUACAUCAUCGCAGGCGCCACGGGCUUUGCGGCAGCCAUCCGUGGCAUCAACUAUCUCGAGGGACGCCGACGACUCAGGCGGCACCAUACACAGUCUCUCGCGCACCCCACCAAGCCAGACGGCCGUCUGACACAAGCAUGGGCGACGGCGACGGCUAUCGUCCGUGAAGCGGCCUAUCCGCGAUUCUUCGUUCCUAAGAAAGGCCUUCGUUGGGCUUCGCCGCCAUCGCUCGGCCGCAUUAUCCUUCUCGUCGCGUACUGGGCCGUCAUCAUCAACAUGAUGACAGCCCACGGUGCCAUCAUCAAGGACGUCUUUUACUGGGAGCGCAUCGGUUUCCGCAACGGUUGGACAACAAUCAUGCAGAUGCCGCUGCUUUAUCUCUUGUCCAUGAAGUUUAACAUAAUCGGCUACCUCACGGGCACCAGCCACGAGCGACUCAACUGGCUCCAUCGAUGGGUCGGUCGUACUAUGUUCGUGACAGCGACUGUACACGGAUUCCACUUCUGGACGCAAUGGGAAAGAGCCGAGAUUAUCGAGAUCCAGAUGAAAAUCUUGCCCAUCACAAAGCAAGGACUUGGUGCCUGGGCACUCCUGCUGUGGACCAUCCUGACCACCUUCAAGCCCUUCCGACACAUGGCCUACGAGCUAUUUAUCGUCCAGCACGUUUUAACUGCGAUCAUCUUCCUGUGGCUGGUCUAUGUGCACAUUCCCGAGCCUGCCCGGCCCUACUUGUGGUUCAGCGUUGCCUGCAUCUGUUUCGACCGUCUCGCCCGCUGGGGCCUGCUGCUGUGGCAGAAUUUGCGACCAAAGCCGGACAGAUCAGACUGCAAGGGAAUGAAGCGAAUCGGUCACCAGGCACAAGUGAGGACAGUUGGCUCAUCGACCACCGUUCUGACGAUCAAGGAUGUGUCUUUCUCGUGGAAGGCCGGUCAGCAUCUCUACCUCUGGCUGCCGCGCCUCGGUCCAUUCGAAGCUCACCCGUACACGAUUGCAUGCGCGCAUCAAUUGCCCGAAACAUGCAUCUGCAAUAGUGUGCAGCUCGUCAUUCGCAAGCACGGCGGGUUUUCCAAGCGACUCCACAACCACGCGCAGAAGAUGCAGCAGGCUGGCCGGAGCGAAACACUCACUGCGUUUGUCGUGGGACCUUUCGGAGCGCCCCCACGGUGGGAUAUCUACGAGACGGUCAUUCUCAUCUCCGCCUCGACAGGAGCUUCCUUUACGCUUCCCAUACUCGAGGCGAUCGUGCAGGAACGAACCAAGACGUGCGUGAAGCGGGUCGAGUUUGUAUUGACAGCGUGUCAAGGCGAGGAGAUUGAUUUCUACCUACAAAGGCUGCGCGAGGCAGUGGAUCGAGCUCACGGGAUGGGUCUCGAAUUGACGGUGCAUGUCGCUAUCACGCGCUCCGAUGCCGAUAUCGAGGCUGUGACGAGCGUUCUCAACGGCGAUGGACGAGUUGGCACCACAGAAUCGCUCCUACAUAGGAGAGGCAACUCUAGCAGCUCAGACGCCGAGGGUGGUGAGAUGGAAGAGAAGGAUAUCAUUAGAGCUGCGAACCCUGGGAACCAGCCAGGCUGCCACAUGAUGAAGGGGAGCUGCUGUGCCGGAGGAAGCUCAAGUAGCGGUGGCUCCGACUUUCUGCGACAGUACACGACGAGACUAGACAUUGAGUCACUCAUCCGCGAGCCCGUCGAGGCGGCAGGUGGAGAGACGUCAGUGGUGGUAUGUGGUGGGCAAUCCCUGACGAGUUCUGUACGCAACUGCGUGACACGGUUGUCGGAUGAGAGAGCAGUGCACAAGGGAACAGGAGCUCAGGGCAUACACCUAUAUGUGGAGGAGUACUCGUUCUAG